CAAAACUCUAGCGCUUCCUUGCAUACGCUCCGUGCAUACGCUCGGUGUGAAUAGUGAACGAACACACCUACAUCUAUGUAAUCGCCGUGAUCAUCUCCUGUCAGCCUCCCUCUACAUAGCCUCUAUGAUUGUGCGAACUUGCGAAUUAUCUUAUUUUGGAUUGGUCAUUUUCGAUGGUUUUUAAUAUCGAAACAGUUUCAAAGUAGUACAAAGACCAGAUGAUUUAAACAAUGGCUCGACUAAUGUUGAACCCGGAGAAUAUUCUCAUAAAAAUACCAUCAUAUGAAAUAGAGCAGGGUAUAACAACUUAUCUUAUUGAGGUUCAGGUUAACGAAGUUGUCUGGACGUUAAAGCAUCGAUAUAGUGAAUUCGCGGAGCUUCAUGAAAUUCUUAUCUCGGAGCACUGUGUUGAAAAAGAAAUUCUACCGCCGAAAAAAUUUAUUGGUAACAAAAAUGAGUUAUUCAUCGAAAAGCGACGAAAAAGUUUAGAAAUUUAUUUGAACACUGCUUAUAAUUAUCUAAAAAAAACAAUGCCAAGAGAGCUAGCAAUAUUCUUGGGUCUUCAUCUCUAUGACAUUUUUUUUUUACUCCAAAAUAUGGCACUACAUUUUUUUACUGAAGGAGAAUCUCUUUUAAAAUCACCGAACAGUUAUAAUUUCUCUCCAGUUCAGCUUUAUGCAAUCAGCGAACGGCUGAAACAACCGUGUUCAACUUUUGAAGUAAUAGACAAAAAAUUUGACUUCAGUCAUGUACUAGACUUUAACUCACAUUUAAAAUUUUUGAACAUCCAUGGAGUUUCUGGAAAAUUUGGUACAAGCAAUAUAAUUCCAUCUACUCUUCCGAUCGAAUUAACUAGUUUCAAAAGUGUUGAACACUUAGUAGUAAAUGAUUAUCCGAUUGUCAAAAUUUAUGGAAUGGGUAACCUUCGAGAUACUGUAAAAAUUUUAGAAGUUCAUAGCACAGAGUUAAAGAAUAUUGUUGAAUUGGUAAUGUGUGAAGAAUUACAUAAAAAAAUAGAAAAUGCAAAUGACUCUCAUGUUUGGUUAAAAGUAACCCAUUUGGAUCUAAGUGAUAACUAUAUUGAAACAAUCGAUGAAGCGAUUAAACUAUUGCCUCACAUCGAAUCCUUAAUUUUGAACAACAAUGUAUUAUCUGAAAUAUCAAAUGUGACGCUUUUACCGAGACUAUCAAAAAUUCAUUUAGCUUCAAAUAGUUUUAAAACUUUACCAGAAGAUUUACACACUAAAUUAGGAAACAUAGUGUCGAUCGACAUAUCACAAAAUCAACUAAGUUCUCUUAUUAGUUUUUCUAAACUUUAUUCACUGGAAUGGCUUGAUGUGAGCUGUAACAAAAUUGAAGAUAUCAAUGAAAUCAAAUAUAUUGGUUCGCUUCCUUGUUUAGAAAAUUUACGCCUGACUGGCAAUUUUGUCUCAACAAUUAUUGAUUAUAGAGUAAAAACACUAGAACCAUUUGGAAAAAGAGCUGCUGAUAUUUGUCUAGAUAACGAAAAACCGAAUCAAAAGGAACUUGAUACAGUUGCAGUGUUGCAGGCACUUCGAAUUGCAAGAGAAGGAAAAUUUUCAUUUUUUAACUCUGCGGAUUCCACACUUUUUUCGGCUGAAGUACCAAGGACUUAAUAAUGAUAUACUUUUCUGGGCAGAAUGGGUAAACCUAUUUUUUGAAGCGAAAAAUAGUUGUCUUUCUUGGAACGAACUCAACGACCGUAAGCUUAAAAGUUUGUUGAGUAAUUGCAAGUUAGUGGCAGUGAUGAGUAAUUCGACGGAUUUUAGGGUAUCAUACAAUCAUACAUAUGAUACGUAUGAUACUACAAAUGUUAAAAGUGUCCUCUUUUUUUUAUAAAAUAAAGUAAAUCAUUUAUUAAAAGGUAGGUCCGUGGUGGACAGUUGGCCGAGAGGGUGUGAAAUAUCUGAUCUCGGAAAUUUUUUUUCAAUACUUGGCGAUUUGCCUGAAUUUGCUAUAGAAAUAAAAAAAUUUGAAAAAAAGA